UUUUAUUUUUAUGAUAUUGGACAAAUCAACUCAAUGGUAUACAUUUAUACUUGUGUUCUGGAACAGUACAGCAUGAUUUAAAAGGUUCACCAUUUUAUUUUCCUUCAAAUCAUGAUCUGCAAAGUAACUUUAGUGUUCAGUCAGUUUAGUAAAAAUGUACAGCAGCUCCGAAAUGUGGUCAGACAGAAGAACAAGAUGUCAUGAAAUAUUGAAAAUAUUCAAGUGAAGACACCUUGAAGUUGUACUUCAGUAAAUAAAUCUACCUACUUUCUGCCACCAUAAACACAAUAUCACCAAUAAAUACCAAAAAUAAAAUAAUAAAUGUGUGAAACUUAUUUCCGUGCUAAAAAGAAACAUAUUAACACUUUAUAAUAACCAUCAUUAAUAAAUAGUAAAUGUAAAGUCAGUGAGAUGUAGUUACAUAAAUUCAAGGUAAAAAAAACAACUAUAAAAUGUCUCAUGAAACAUUUUUUAAACAACUGUGAAGGUUAAAAACAUCAAUUGCAUCAAAAUAAAGUUUAUAAAUGAACUACACAGUUUUUAGAAACCUCAACUGAAACUUUCCAAUAAAGAAUUAUUAAUAAACAGCAAAUUAAACAUUUUAUUGCUUGUUAACUGUAAAACAAUUAAUAACUAAAGUCUAAUUAACUACAAAUGUGCCUUUUCAUCAUGUUCAUUUGUUCACUGUAAUGAUAGAACAGACAUUAUAUAGUGUUAACAGAUAUAUUCAGAUAUCACAGACCCAGAAAAUAUACCGAGGACGUGACGUCAGAGUCCUGCUGGGUUCUGCGGCAUGUGACCCGGUUUCGACAGCCCAUCUAUUUUUGGUAUCAGUAUGUCGUGUUGAUGUGCGUCAUGUGAGCAGCAGCAGCAGUUUGAGCCAUGAUCUUAACGCUCCUUUGUCCAUGAAAGCAGGAGUGGAUGUGGAAUACUUCACCGCUCAUCAGGUUAAUGCGUCAUCAUCAGGAAAACCAUCUCUGACAUCACGUGCUCCUCAUGUGACCGGCGGGAUACCUGUCUUAGCUCUUUUUUUUUUUUUUUUUUUUAGGGGAAAUUCAAAUCUAGUGGGCCUCAAACACACAGUGAGUCUGAGUCUGAACUGUCUGCGCUCUGGACUGACUGCGAGUUAUCCGGUGUUUUGAUGUCUCGAUCGGUGGAAACGCGACCGACCAGGAAGGAGAACAAGUAGCCCGAUUUGUCACCUCGACACAUUAUAGCUGACUGAAGCCUCACACUCCGGCGGCUUCAAUACACUUCCACUGUCCACACACACACACACUUUUGUUUCUUCUGGUGCGCACCAGGAGGCAGCGGGCUGGGGAGGAGAGGAUGUGCCACAGACUGAAGUGUCAGAAAAAGUGUGAUUGUAGCUUCACCUGCAUGCUUGAUGUGUAAUAUAUAUUGCCAGAAUAUACUCCGGAGAUCCCUUCACAUGAAAUAAAAGGACUUUAGAAGGCAGAAAACAAAAAUAUUUCAUCAACAACCUGUGCGUAAACGCCUAAAUAUUGUAUUAUAAAGUGGACAUGUGGGCACAUGUUGUCAUUUAACCCUCAAACUAAACACUUGUGAGUGCGUAAAAAUCAUUUUGGAUGCAGAGAUUUACCAGAUAGAUCUCAGUGUUGUGAGCUCUGACACUUCUGCAGGACAGGACGAGCUCCGUCUGGCCUAAACGGGCAUAUUAAUGGGUCAUCGGGGAUCAAACAGACACCUAUUAGCCGGGCAGCAGUUAAUAGGUGUGCAGCACAUCAAAGGCACGCGUUUGUAAGGCUCGACAAUAUCCACGGAGGUGGGUGCGGGAGGGUGGGGUGCGAGGGGAGUCGUUAUGUGCCAGUCAAGCAGAGUAUAAAAGCUUCAGGUAACCUGCGUGUUCACAAGUACCGAGGAGACACUCGAGGAAACACGCACUCUCUCUUUUGCUCGACAUAGAAGAAUGGCUUUUGGAUUGGAUUUAACCGGAGGAAGUGUUUCUGAGAUGAACGCGUUUUACUCGGGGCACUACUGGCCCGCUGCGUGUCUGGAUAUGAACGACAAGGACAAUUACGCACAGGACUCCAGCAGAGUGCAUCAUGACGCUCCCCACAGGACGCGCUCGGACACCCAGCGCCGCCGGAAGCGCACAACUUUCAGCAAGGCGCAGCUGAGCGAGCUGGAGAGGGCCUUCUGUGCCACUCAGUACCCGGACAUCAAAAUGAAGGAGUCCCUGGCAGCUAGAACUGGACUACUGGAGUCUACGAUCCAGGUCUGGUUUCAAAAUCGACGCGCGCGCUAUUUCAAGAGCAAGAAACCAUCCAGAGAGGUCCGCAGAUCCUCCACAGACCACCUCCACCCGAACUUCACCCUCACCACAACUCCCAGGUCGUCUUUCCCCUACUUGGCUCCGUCGUUCCCUCCUGCCCCCAGCCCGCCGUCCCCACCCGGAUACCCUGCUCCAAGUCCACCCGAGUCCACCAGGCUCUCCGCCACGUCCCUGCCCGCACCCACGUCCCCUGUCGCCGCCGACCAGGCUCCAUCCUGCUCCCCGCACGGUCUCCACGGAGCUCCCCAGUUCUACCAAACCGCAGACUUUACUCACUACUGCCACGACGUGUUCCCACACAGCGGGCUCGGUGACUGGGAUCUAACUGAGGACUUCGAGGCCUUCCUUGCGGGAGCUCAAGGGUCCGAGCCGGAGGGAAGCCGCUGCGCUGCAGUCGCGCAUCCUGGACCCGGUGAAGGCGUCCAGACCCGGCCGGACCAGCAGAACUUCUCCAGCUCUGAGGACGACCUGUCCGACCUGUGCUUUCACGAGCUGGGCGACUUCAGUGUGUCGGAUUUGGACAUUUCAGCUGCAAUGAUCGAUUAUCUAUUAGGUUGACUGACAGAACGGAGAUUUGUAUUUAAUGUAAAGUUUCACAUUGUAAAUAGUCUUAGUUUAACAGAGUAUUUAUGACGACACGGAUCCUUCUCAUGUGAACAAACACUGAAGCAUUCAGAAAUGUUAAUUCUCAUAUUGUGAAGCGUCACAUCACGCGAGCGUUACAAAUAAAACCUAUUAAUUUAAAUAGUUUUGCCGCCCUGGUGUUUAUUCAUAAAGCGUACUUCCGCUUCUGUCGUCACGUGGCGCCGUGGCUUAGUUGGUUAAAGCGCCUGUCUAGUAAACAGGAGAUCCUGGGUUCGAAUCCCAGCGGUGCCUUUUAGCUCCCACAAUGACGCGUGUGUAUGAAACUGAGAAGCGAUAAACUGUAUUUUUAUACGUUGCUACACCGCGUAACAUAAAAUAAUGUGAUAUUCAGGAGGCGAUUUUACAAGAUGGCGAAAAAAAAAAAAAAACCAACAACAAAAACAUUUUAAAAGGUGUUCAAGAUCUAAACUUUGACGUCUGUCCAACAAAACGAUCAAUCUAAGACGUCCAAAUCCUUCAAGCUAUGUCACAAAAAAUAACAGCAAAACAAAAUUGAUGCCAUAAAAGUAAAAAACAAAACAAAAAAACAACAACAAAAUGAGCUGCAAGUGGAUUAAAAAACUUUAAGAUUAAAUUGAUAGAAGCAGGGAGAAGAUAAAGUUUGGAGUCUUGCGUUUCUAUGAGGCCAAAUAAACAAACUAAAUAGUGUCGUUGUUCACCAUCUCUGGUCCAGCAGAUGGUGCAGUUAAUCCAGGAAAACCACUGAGCUGAUUGAAGGAGUUGAUGUCGGCACAGAGUCACGGUGCAACAAUACUUUUACUUCAGGACGGAUGAAGGUGGAUAUUUAUACCAGCAGAGGCCAGUGUGUGUUUAUUUACAACCACCAGCAUGUACCACUGUGAGCUUCUGUGUAUGUUUGAGCUUUAGACCUUCAAAAUGAGAUUUGAGGGACUUGACUUGUAAGAAAAAAGUAAGUAAAUUGAUUUGAAGUCUUGGGGGCGACAGCGUCUCCGUCCUAUGAUCCCACUGUCAGUUUGUGACAAGUUGUCAUUGUUUGGUGAGUUGGAACUGAGACUUUUUUUAAGUAGGACUUUUAUGGUCAGAGUUUGGUUUAAGGUCGGUGAUAAGGUUACACAUAUAGGCCGUGUUCAGACCAUCAGCUGGGAGUGAUCCAGUUAUAAGAGGACAGUUCACACCUGACAUGAACGUGCAUCUGAGUGUACAUUUGUGAGCUCAGCUCAUUUGGACAAACAGACAUUUUACACAAAGAAAGAAAGUGUCUUGUUAUGUUUCCCCAGAAAACAGAACCUGAGGGACGGGUCAAAGCAAACUGGUCCCUCGGUGUCUAAAAGGCAGCAGUGUGUUUUUUCCCCACCGCUGCCUUUUAGACAUCGUUUCUAUUCCCACUGCUGCCGAUUGACAAAAAACACUGGACCCAAAAAACCAACGGUGAAGUAGGAGUUAAAACAGAAUGUGUAGAAACUAGCCAAAAGACAAAAAAAGAAUCACAAACACAAACAAAUCGCAGAGAGCCGACUGAUGGUGUCGACUCCCUGAA